AUGCAAGACGCUGGCGAAGCUUCUACGCCUAUGGCGGACCCCUUCCCGAGCCUGGGUGAGCCCGCGCGGCGCGAGGCGCGCCCGGAUGUGUCGUCGGAAGAUGCCUUCCCGACGCUGGGCGCCUCGUCGGCGCGCGGCAUGCGCGCCGCGCCGACCGCGUGGGUGAGCCCGGUGCCGGUGAUCCAGCGUGUGGUGCACCAGGCGACCGUCUCGCUGCGCCUCUCGGACGAGCAGCUCGCGAAGCUGAACACGGUCCUGCCCCGGGUGCAGGCCAAGUGCCCGACGGUGAAGCUGGAGGCGAGCACGACGCGCAAGACGGGCUACACGACCUUUAUCUUCAAGGGCGCGAACGAGGCGGCCGUGCAGCUCGCGAAGAAGGAGCUCACCGUGCAGCUUGCGCGCCGCGUCACCGGGACGGUGCUGGUGCCGGCGUCGCUGCGCGCGCAUGUGAUCGGUGCGGGCGGCAAGAACAUCAAGCGCAUCACGGAACAGACGGGCGUGCGCAUCCAUGUGCCGCCGCGCUCGGGCGACGCUGCGGCCGAGGAGGCGGACGACCCGCUGCUCGGCGAGCAGAUGGAGAUCACGAUCGAGGGCGACGAGGUCCAUGUCCAGGAGGCCCAGGCGCUGAUCCAGGCGAUUGUGGCGGAGCGCACGUCGAAGCUCUCGCAGUCGCUCGCGCACAUCGAGCCGGAGUACUACCCCUUCCUCGCCGGCGUACGGGGCGCGCGCGUCGAGGCGCUGGCCGCGAACGAGGGGCGCGGCGAGGUCACGAUCAAGGUCCCGCCGCCGCACCACCGUCAUGCGCCGAUCCUCGUGCACGGCGAGCGCGCCUCUGUCGGCGCCGUCGUGGACGCGAUCGAGUCGCAGGUGCGCGACAUGCGCGCGUCGUUCCACACGCUCUCGCUCACGAUCCCCAAGCGGCAGCACGUGUGUCUCGUGGGCGACGGCGCCGCGGACAUUCUUGCCGCGACGCAGUGCAGCGUGGAGCUGCCGCCCGUGCACGAUGCGUCCGAGUCCGUGACGAUCCGCGGCCCGCAGGCGCAGCUGCCGCUCGCGCUGACCGCGGCGCUCGAGCGCGCGAACGCCAUCACCGUCAAAGUCGUCGACGUCGGCGCGCUGCACGCCGGUGCGGACGCGCAGCAUGCGCGGUACCUCGUGCAGUGGCUCGGUGGACGUGCGCCGCGGGCCGAGGGCGUGCAGGUCUUUAUGCCCACGGCCACCGCCCUCGACGCGGGGCGCGCGCAUGUGGAUGUCGUCGGCAAGGACGCAGAGGCUGUCGCGCGUGUGCACCGCGAGCUCGAGGAGCUCGUGCGCCCGCUCGACCCGAGUGCGCUGCGUGUCGCGGACCUCGAUCCGCUCGCGCACGACCUGGUCGCGGGCAAGCGCGGGCAGAACCUCAAGGCGUACGAGGCGCGCGGCGUCGACGUGCUUGUGCCGCCGGAGCACUCGGGCCGCUCGGACGUGCUGCUGGUGCACCGCGGUGCGGCGGCGGAGCGCGCGGCCGUGCUGGAGGCCGUGCUGCAAGAGCUCGCGGCGGCGGCGGCGCCGGCCGCCGAUCUGCAGACGGCGCAUGUGUCGAUUCCUGCGAAGCACCACGCCGCGCUCCUCGACCGCACGGUGCUGAAUGCGCUGAUGGGCGAGGACCGCAUACAGGUGACGGCCGGCCGCCACGGCCCCGUGCCGGCGGGCGUGGACGCCCGCACGAACGACUCGGUCGUUGUGCGUGGCGCGCCGGCGGCCGUGGAGCGCGUCGUUGCGCGCCUGCAGCAGAUGGCUGCGGACGCUGAGCAGGACAGCAUGGAGAGCAGCUUUGUCGACGAGCUGCGCGUGCCGGGCGCGUAUGUGCCGCGCCUGAUUGGCCGUGGCGGCGCGGCCGUGGCGAAGCUGCGCGACGAGCUGGGCGUGCGUGUCGACUUCCCCGAUGCCGACGACAAGGCGCGUGCGAAGCAGGUGCCGAUUGUGCUCACGGGCCGCAAGGCGUGCGUGACCGAGGCCAAGGCGCGUCUGGCCGCGCAGGUGCAGCGCCUCGCGGACGAGACCACGGUGCGGCUGCGCGUGCCGAGCGAGAUGCACGGCGCGCUGAUCGGCCCCGGCGGCAAGUACGUGUCGCGUUUGCAGGACAAGUACGGCGUGCGCAUCGUGUUCCCCCGCGGCGACGAGGCGCAGGCGGGCGACGAGGUGAGUGUGCGCGGCGGCAAGCGCGGCGUCGCGGAGGCGCAGGCCGAGCUGCUCGAGCUCCUCGCGUACGAGCAGGAGCGCAGCCAGGCGGAGGAGCUGGCCGUGCCGCAGCGCGCCGUCGCGCGCAUCCUCGGCCGCUCCGGCGCCACGAUCAACCAGCUGCGCCUCGAGAGCGGUGCGGAGAUUGACGUCGAGCGCGAGGCGGGCGCGGGCGAGCAGGCGGUGCUGCGCCUGCGCGGCUCGCGCGCGGCCAUCGAGGCGGCGCGCGCGGCGAUCCUCGACCUGGUCGCGGCCGUGGAGCGGGAGGCGGAGCUGCAGCUCGACAUCCCGUCGCGGUUCCACGCGCAGCUGAUCGGGCAGGGCGGGCAGCACCUGCGCGACCUGAUUGUGCGCGCGGGCGGCCCCUCCGAGCCGCGUGCGCAGGCGCAGAUGGUGCGCUUCGCGCGCGACCGGAGCGACGCGGUCACCGUGCGGGCCGAGCAGGGUGUGGCGCAGCGCAUUGCCGAGCUCCUGCAGAGCGAGGCGCGCGCGCUGGCCGAGCGGGUCGUGCAUGGCGCCGUGGUGCCGCCGCGCCUGCAUGGCCAGCUCGUUGCGCGCGGUGGGCGCCGCAACUCGCCGUGGCAGCAGGAGCACGGCGUGCAGAUCGUGCUGCCCAACUGGCGCGAGUAUGCGGAGCUCGAGGCGCCUGCGAACGCGACGGACCUGGUGGACGCGGACCCCGCGCACAUCGUCAAGGUGCUGGGUGGCCGCGAGAGUGUCCCGCAGGUCCUCCAGGCCAUUGACGCGCUCGUGGCAGCCGACGCGCAGCGCCGCCGCCCCCGGGCGCCGCGGGCCGCGCGCGUCGACGACGCGGACGACGACGAAUAG